AUGGCUGAUAGUGCCGCAAAUAAGCCUACAGCUAGCACUGUCCACGAGCAAGCAGUAACAGAAUCAGUACCGGCCCCACCUACUGUUGGUGGUGAUGAUUCAGAUCCUGACUUUGACGACCUCGAUGAUGUACUUGAUCAAUUCUCCGCCAACGCGCCAACCAAGACCACGACAAAAGCGACCGAGCCAGAUGCGAGUCGAGCGCCAGCCUCAUCAGGGCCUGGCAGACCCGAGAAGGAUGUGUUGAAUCUGAGUGAUCAACCACUACCUGACGGACCUAAGCCAGGUGAGUCGGAGGAAGAAUUUAUCAAUAGAUUGUCCUCGGAAAUGUCCAAGCUAUUCGCGAAUAUCCCCAGCGAUGCCGACAUAGCAGCCCAGAACCCCGACAUGACAAAAAUGGGCAAAGAGUUGGAAGAGUUUACGCGCCAGAUGGAAGAGCAGGGUGUGAAGCCGGAAGAUCUUCUAAAAGCCAUUCUCGGCGAAGAAGGUGCCAAGGUCGCGAAUGUCGCGACUGCGGAGAGAGAACGCAGAGAUUCAGAGAAGGAGCAGUCUAGGUCGCGACCCUCUUCCUCCACUGCACCGCAGGCAAGUAAAGCCAACAAGUCGUUCGAGGACACGAUACGGCAGACCAUGUCGCGACUCGACGAGUCUGAUACACAAGCGAAGACAGCAACACAGCAAUCUGCCUCGAAAUCAGAUGAAGAUUUGCUUGCAGAAAUGCUCAAAGCCCUGGAUGGUGGUGGCGGCGAAGGUGGUGAGGAGGGAAUAUCGAAGAUGUUCUUGGACAUGAUGCAGCAAUUGACGCAGAAGGACAUGCUGUACGAACCGAUGAAAGAACUACAUGAUCAAUACCCAGACUGGCUGCAGAAACAUAAACCUCCUACCAUCAAGCAGGACGACUAUGACCGAUACGUGAAGCAGAGUCAGGUCGUCCGGGACAUAACAAACAAAUUUGAAGAGCCGGGCUUCAAAGACGAAGAUGAGAAGUGUAGACAGUAUGUAUGGGAUAAGAUGCAGGAAAUGCAGGCUCUAGGAGCUCCGCCUGAGGAAUUGGUUAAGAACCCAUUCCCGGGGACGGACUUUGGUGCUAUACCAGGUCUUGGAGGUGGUGGUGAUGGACUCAAGGACGAAGGCUGCCCCACGCAGUAA